AUGCUGAGUGGAGCGGCUGGGGCUGCGCGGCGUGGCGGAGCAGCGCUCGCUCCCUGGCUCACUCGCUCGCUCGCAGGGACACACGCAGGGGCUGACAGCUGUGCUGGUGCUGAUAAGGGAAGCCACAAGGAGACGAUCGAGGAGAGAGACAAGCGGCAGCAGAGGCAGCAGCGGCAGAGGCAGCACCAGGGCUGCGGAGCUGCUGGGAGUGGGAGUGACUCCCCCAUCUCGGGCCCCCACCCUGUCCCUGCCCUCCUCCCGCUUGCCCUGAGUUUAGAAGAGCAGCCGCUGCCACUACCGCCACUCGGGAGGGCACCAGGGCUGCUGGCUAGGGAGGGACAGGGCAGGGAGGCUCUGGCCAGUCCCGGCAGCCGGGGACGGGGACAGAUGCCGAUCGAGAUUGUGUGCAAAAUCAAAUUUGCUGAGGAGGAUGCGAAACCCAAGGAGAAGGAGGCAGGGGAUGAGCAGAGCCUCCUUGGGGCUGCUCGGGGGGCAGCAGCCCCCCGGGACCUGGCCACCUUUGCCAGCACCAGCACCCUGCAUGGACUGGGCCGGGCCUGUGGUCCAGGCCCCCACGGACUACGCAGAACCCUGUGGGCACUGGCCCUACUCACCUCGCUGGCUGCCUUCCUGUACCAGGCGGCUGGCCUGGCCCGGGGCUACCUGACCCGGCCUCACCUGGUGGCAAUGGACCCCGCUGCCCCAGCCCCAGUGGCGGGCUUCCCAGCUGUCACCCUCUGCAAUAUCAACCGCUUCCGGCAUUCGGCACUCAGCGAUGCCGACAUCUUCCACCUGGCCAAUCUGACAGGGCUGCCCCCCAAAGACCGGGAUGAGCACCGUGCCGCUGGCCUGCGCUACCCAGAGCCUGACAUGGUAGACAUCCUCAACCGCACUGGCCACCAGCUCGCCGACAUGCUCAAGAGCUGCAACUUCAGUGGGCAUCACUGCUCCGCCAGCAACUUCUCUGUGGUCUAUACUCGCUAUGGGAAGUGUUACACCUUCAACGCGGACCCGCGGAGCUCGCUGCCCAGCCGGGCAGGGGGCAUGGGCAGUGGCCUGGAGAUCAUGCUGGACAUCCAGCAGGAGGAGUACCUGCCCAUCUGGAGGGAGACAAAUGAGACGUCGUUUGAGGCAGGUAUUCGGGUGCAGAUCCACAGCCAGGAGGAGCCGCCCUACAUCCACCAGCUGGGGUUCGGGGUGUCCCCAGGCUUCCAGACCUUUGUGUCCUGCCAGGAACAGCGGCUGACCUACCUGCCCCAGCCCUGGGGCAACUGCCGCAUGGAGAGCGAGCUCAGGGAGCCUGAGCUUCAGGGCUACUCGGCCUACAGUGUGUCUGCCUGCCGGCUGCGCUGUGAAAAGGAGGCUGUGCUUCAGCGCUGCCACUGCCGGAUGGUGCACAUGCCAGGCAAUGAGACCAUCUGCCCACCAAAUAUCUACAUCGAGUGUGCCGACCACACACUGGAUUCCCUGGGUGGGGGCCCCGAGGGCCCGUGCUUCUGCCCCACCCCCUGCAACCUGACGCGCUACGGGAAAGAGAUCUCCAUGGUCAGGAUCCCCAACAGGGGCUCAGCCCGGUACCUGGCGAGGAAGUACAACCGCAAUGAGACCUACAUACGGGAGAACUUCCUGGUCCUAGACGUCUUCUUUGAGGCCCUGACCUCUGAAGCCAUGGAGCAGCGAGCAGCCUAUGGCCUGUCAGCCCUGCUGGGAGACCUCGGGGGACAGAUGGGCUUGUUCAUUGGGGCCAGCAUCCUCACGUUGCUGGAGAUCCUUGACUACAUCUAUGAGGUGUCCUGGGAUCGACUGAAGCGGGUAUGGAGGCGUCCCAAGACCCCCCUGCGGACCUCCACUGGGGGCAUCUCCACUUUGGGGCUUCAGGAGCUGAAGGAACAGAGUCCCUGCCCGAGCCGGGGCCAUGCCGAGGGUGGGGGGGCCAGCAGCCUGCUCCCCAACCAUCACCACCCCCACGGUCCCCCAGGAGGUCUCUUUGAAGAUUUCGCUUGCUAG